AUGAAGGUUGCUUUUGCUCUGCUUCUCUGCGCUUUGUGUUUCCUGGGCCUGGAUGCUCAAUGCCCAGAACCGAACACCCUGAAAGACACUACGGGCAAUAAGAUCUGUGCUCGCAUGUUUGAAGACAGCAACUACUACUAUGAUCAAAGCUGUGGGGGAGAGUACAUCGAUGCCUAUCCAAAUGAAGAUGUCCCUAUCAUUCCAUGGCGCUGGAACAACCGCAUUUCUUCUCUGGUGGUGAACAAGCUAUGCUCCCUCACUGUGUGGUCUCGUGUCAAGAAGAAUGGAAGCAAGAAAAGGUUUUCUUCUGGCAUCGUGUACCGCCUUAAAGAUGUGCAGCAGGGCCUGUUCGGAAACUGGGAGAAUGACAUCUCUGCAUAUUACUGCGUAUGCUAG